ACCGUCUCUAGUGUGAACGCGCAGAAAGUUAAACCAGGUGAUAAAAAAGAUAGAGACGUACAACUAAUUUGAAAGAAGCAUAUAUACAACGUCGGUAGGUGAAGUUACCACUUACCAUAUUUUCUCCCCUUAUAACAACUAAAUAAGAGAUCACCAUUUAAUGGGACCCGCUCAUGAAAGCUCCAACGCCGGGUGAUAAAUGAAAUCAAUAAUAGCCAAUCACAAUUUCCAUAAAAGCUCCAUAAACUUGGAGAUUUUUUGGAAACAAAACUUAGCUCCAAGACUUCUUUCUUGUAAACAACUUCCACGCCUUUGGCUUUUGUAGAUUCUGGAGAUGAUGGAUGAAGGCAAAUUAUCUGACACGAAAACCGGCUCAGUUAAAGCAGCUAUUAACUCUUACAGAGAGCGGAUUCUUGAUGAAAAUUCUACCAUAAUAAAAGAAUUUCAAACAAGAUACCCUGAGCUUUGCAUUUUCAAGGCAUUUGUUCGAAGUUCAUCGGCAAUUCUUUUAAACUUUAGUCCAGUUUCAUUGAGUGAAUCAUUUCGUUACAAUAUACUUCAACAGAAGCCUAAUCACAAAACAAGAGAGCUACAUCAGGCAAAGAGGGACAAUCACCAGCUAAAGGAGAGCCGACAGUUCGCAGAACUAGCAAAGGUCGAAGCAGAAUCCGAGCUAUCAGCUGCAAAGAAGACGGUAAAAGAUUUAACUCGAAAAAUUGAGGAAUUAAAUUCAAAGGGCAACUCGCAAAUGCUGGUCCUUGAAAAACUAAAGAUGGAUAAAACCAGGGAAGUCGAACGGGACCCUGGAAAUUGUGAGCAAGUGAUGAAAGAAUUGCAAUCCAUAAAACGAGAAUUGAAUAGACUAAAACUGGACAUGGCUUCAAUUUUGGAGGAAAAAAACAGGGCAGAGAAAGAAAUGGAAACCGCCCUGUCAAAAACACAGUCUUUCUUGAAUUCAGUCGAAGCACUCGACAAAGAGACAGAGAAAGUCAAUGAAGAGCAUGUUCUGGUUGAGCUGGCUCGAAUAGAGGCCAUCAAGGAAUACCAAGAGAUUCAAGCUCAAAGAAGCGAAAAUGCCGAAAAAUACUCAGCUGCAAUAGACGAAAAGCAGAAGGAAAACCAUAAAAUGAUUCAAGAAACUGAAAGUAUUAACGAUAUGGAGGCGAACUUGGCAAUCACUCUGUCAGAUAUCAACAUUUUAGAGAAUGAACUACGGCAACUGAAGAAAAUGGACAAGGGACUCGAAAGGAACAAAAUCUUGAAUUACGGGGAAGAAUCAGGAAAUGCAUCAAUGUUAGAGUCAGUACUGAAAGAGUUGGAGACUGCAAAAGAUGAGUUGGCUUUAGCUAAAGAAGAAAGCUUCCAGUUCAUGGCCUCCAUGGACGUCAUCAGGAACGAGCUUAGGCACAUCUCAGACCAAACGGCUCAAGAGAAAAAGAAAGAAGAAGAAACAGAGACGAACAUCCAGAAUCUAAACACAAAGCUUUUGAGAGCCAAAUCCAAGCUGGAAAUAGCAUCUGCAAGUGAAGCAAAGGCUAAAUCGGUGACCUUGAAUCUAACUGUCACGCUCGAGCAGAUCAAAUCAGAAGUAGAAACAGCUAAAAACCAACGUUCCCUGAUUGGCAAAGAGAACACAGAUAUUAAGGCAGAGAUUCAGAGAUUAGAGACUGAAACAGAGGCGGCUGAGGAAAAAUUACAAUCCACACUGCAAGAUUUAAGAGCCGUCAAGUCAUCAGAAGCAGUGGCCAUGGAGAAUCUCAAAUCCCUGAUUGAGAAAACUGUAAGGGACAGAACUUCGGCUUCUCAGGCUAGACCAACAAUAACAAUUUCCAAGUUUGAGUAUGAUUACCUGACAGGGCAUGCGGCCGGGGCCCACAAGGUUGCGGAUAGAAAAGUCGAGGCUGCUCAGGCAUGGGUUGAGGCCCUGAAGGCGAGUGAAAAGGAAAUUCAGAUUAAAUGUGAGCUUUUGAAAAGAGAAAUUAGAGAAAUGAGAGUGGAGGAGUUACAUAAGAAGGCCCAAACAAAUGAAGAAUUAGCUAAUAAUGCAGAGGAAAAAGUUGACGAGGUAGACUUUGAGAAGUGGAGGCAAAUGGUGAAACCUGAAUAUCCGAAGCCAAGGUCUGGAUUUUCUGGAAAGUCCAUAAACAGAAGACGAGGAAAAGCUCGAGAAUCCGGGUCUCCAGUAAUUCGUGGUACUCAAAGAUCCACGUCCUUCUCUGUCAGGAGGAGAACAAAGGUGAUGCCAAAUCUGGCCAAGUUCUUCAGAGCAAAAGGCAUUGAAGAAUAA